AUGGGCACUGGGAAGACGGGAGCGUGCUUGGUGUGCGGGAAGGAGACGACGAAACUCUGCUCGAAGUGCGUCAAAGCGGGACACGACCUCUUCUUCUGCUCGCCGGAACACCAGAAGCUCGUCUGGGCCGAGCAUCGCCGCGUCUGCGGGAAACGCUUGACACCCGAGCCCUGGCCUUGGUACUCGCAGGAAGAAGCAGACGAGACGAUCGCUAAUUUGGACGUCAAGCGAAAGCUGUGGGAUGGAAGGGAGCUCACGAUGACUGAGUAUCUCGCUGAAGUCGCCCAAGUUCCCAAGUACUACACCGCGCAACACAUCUAUGACUUUACCGCUGGCCAUAACCACCCUUUCAGCCUCUUCAUCUCGCAAGCUGCCUUGGCUGACUUUCGCGCGCUGGAGAUCCGCCGCAAAUGCCCGUCGAGGAACUUUAACGACGUCCUCGGCAAAACGGACAUCUUCCAGAUCAUGCACGAGCUGUGGCUCGCAAUCUAUCCUGGUACGCCGAUCGGCGUAGUCUGGCACGCGGGCAUGCAGCAUCGCUUCGUCGUCCUCUUCUCGCUCCUUCACCAGCGCGCGCAGGACGAGUCGACAAUCCCGCUCGCCUACUGCCGUAACGCCUACAAGCAGAUCGAGCAGUACAUACUCUCCCCGGCUUCGCGCGCUGGAGCCCUUGCCUUCUCAUUGGUUAACAGCCUCCAUCGCUUCAUCGACUCCGACACAAUGGUGCUCCGCAUCCCGACGCUUGACACGGCGCAGCGAGGGCAGCAGUAG